AUGGAUCAUUUGUUCAGUCGAGAGUUCCGUUUGUGCUUGGUAGACACGAGAGAGAGCCUCAGGUGUGUGAAUGACUUCAUGUUCACCAUCAACUGCUCCUUGAGCCUCACGCCGCCUGACUUCACCACCGACCAGCAACCAUCCUACUGGCUGACGUUCAGCCACAAAUAUACAGACUCCGACCAAUCGUAUUCGUGCGUGCUUGCCAACACCAGCGGAGGCCUCUACUUCUGCUCUGUGAUGACGAACCCAACGGCGAAGGACUCGACUUCCCAGUGCUUCGUGGAUUUUGAUGUUUUUCAGAUCUCGCUGUGUAAAAAGGAGAGCAACGAUGCCGAGUACUGCCAAUCGCUGGAUAACAACUACAGGCCAGCCGCUCACAUUAUACCGAAUGCACCACGUUGCCUCACGGCCAGCCACAACUCAAGCCAACGCCACUUCACAUGGAAAACCACCUAUGAGGAAUGUCUUUUCACCAGCUUCCAGGAAUCUCUCAACUAUCAGCUGCGUUUCUACGACAGACAGCACAAACACGAUGUGAUAUUCCGUGACAUCAACACCGACAGCGUGUUCUAUUCAGUGGAUGAUAGUGAAUUUACGGAGGACACGGAAUAUGCCGCCAAAGUGAGGUCCAGGCCGAGUGCGGGUCCUUUUUUUGGAGAUUGGAGUGACUGGUCCACUGAGGUCCACUGGAGAACGUCCGGUCCAGGUCUUCUCUCCAAAUCCGGCAAGGCUGUCUUAACAACGUUAGGCGUCAUGGCUACACUGCUGCUUCUGUGCUGUGCUCCAUUUAAAAACAGAUGGAGACAAGGUGUCUUCAUUCCUACACCAGCACUGUACUUCCAGAGCCUCUAUAAUGAAUACCAAGGAGAUUUCCAGAGCUGGGUGGACGGUCAAACAAAGAUGAGAUCCACACAUGUCCACAGCGAGGAGAGAGCACUACAGGAUCGCCACGCAGCACGCGAGGGGAACAUAUACGAAAACACUGAUAUCGUAUGUGAUUAUGCUGAAGUGGGUAUCCCUGUGAAAACCACAUCAAACCCAAGUCUGCUACCUACCGAGGAUAAGCCAGGGUGUAGGUCCGGCAGCGUUCCUCCCAUGCAGGGUGGUCCAUCCUUGUACGGCCAUGAAUACUGCACACUGAGCGCCUUUCAGCAGCACCAGCCAACCACAGGAAAUGCUGAAGUCUUGCUCUGAAACAAAUAAGGAGUCAAUCAAAAGGUGCACUUCAAUUACAUAUGACAUUAUUUGAUGCAAAUAAAUUGACACAUUGUGUACAAUGUUGA